AUGUCUCGUAUCCGGAGAUCCUUUUUGGCUCCAAGAAUUCGGAGCAAUCGAAGGCAAAAAACUGUCAAAGUCCAGUCCCAAAAUCAUGUUAAAGUUGAUCAUGUUGAUCGGAUAAGUGCUCUUCCAAACGACCUUCUCUGCCAUAUCCUUUCCUUUCUUGCAACGAAGAAAGCUGCAGCCACCUCCAUCCUAUCCACUCGAUGGCGUUACCUUUUCACUUCACUUCCCAAUAUUCAUCUGGAAUUUGAUCAGUCUUUACGACGAUUCGAUCCGAAAAGUGGUAAAAAAUAUGUAGACAUUAUGGGUCCCAAUUAUCAACGAUUUGCUCGAUUGGUAGAUUGCUGUCAUCGAUUGAUUCUUCAGCAAAAACCGUAUUGUUUGACAAAAUUCCAUCUUUCCCUGGAAGAGUUUCUUGAGAUUUUUCGGGUGGCAAUUGACUCUCUGAUAUGUGCAGCAAUUUCUUGCGGAGUCCAGCAGCUUGAGGUUUUUGUGGGACGUGAUCGUUCCAAUGCAUUCUCUCCUCCGGGAAUUUUGUCCUGUCCAGGAAUUUUCAGUUGCAAAACACUUCUAGAAAUGAAGCUGGAAAGUCGCUUUACUGAUUUCUAUGUCCCGGAGACAGUUUCUUUGCCGAAUCUUAAGAUUCUGCAUUUGGCACAAUUUAUAUUAACAGAUGAGCUGUCUAUUCCCAGGCUUAUUCAGGGUUGUCCUGUGCUCAUUGAACUGUCUUUUGACUGUUUAACAUAUUCAGAGGGUGAAGUUCUGACCCUUUUGAUAAAAAGCCCUUCCCUGGAAAAAAUCUACCUCCAUUGUGUGACUGAUGAAUGGGACAUUGUUCUGGACAUCCCUAGUGCUGUAAAUUUGGAAUGCGAGGUUGAGGGAGCGAGUAAAACGAGUAUAAAUGCCCCAAAGCUUCAACAUUUGCACUUUGAUGGCGAUGCAGUUAAAGUAAACAUUCUCCCAAACCACAAGUCUCUUGUUGAAGCCAGAAUAUCAGUUUCUUGCCCUUAUAUUGUGAAAACAUCAGAUCAAGAACAAUUAUUACGCUGUGAGGUUGCCUUUGAGCUUAUGAAUUCGUCACAAAGUGUGGUAUCACUUUAUUUGCUGGAUGCCACGGUGGAGUUACUCUUUUAUUCUCAAAAGUUGCUGCCAACUUUUGAAAAGCUAACCUAUCUUGAGCUUGAAGUCCGCAAAUAUUAUGAUAAGCAUACUCGUAGCUGGAAGAUGUUAUCUUGGUUACUUGAGAGUGCACCUAAUCUUCAAGUGCUGGUCUUUGAUGAAGUGUUUUGGGAUGACAGGAUUGAAUCCUCUGCUGAAGACAAGAAAUUUGAGUUUCUUUCUGCAGAGCCAGUUCCAUUAUGCUUGCCGAUACAUCUUAGGGAAGUAAAAAUCAGAAAAUUCAAUGGAAAGGAAUAUGAAUUCAAGCUCAUUGACUAUAUUUUGCAGAAUGUGAAAGCUUUAAAAAAGAUGACUGUUGGUGUGCUUGGACACUUUGGAGCUCGCAGCAAAAUUUUGUCAUUCAAGAGAUGCAACAACGACUGCCAGAUUGUGUUCACAUAA